AUGUCAUUUCCAGAACCAAAUCCAAAGUCAAACAAGGCCUCAGCCUACACACCACCUAGCGGAGCGUCUAUUGCCUCAGUAACAGAUGGCGGUCAAGCAGGAGAGAACACUACUGUCGGGAGGCCAAGCAGCGGGCGAACUUUGAACAAGUCCGUGAAGGUAAAGGAAUUGAAACUAGUGCAGAAUGCAAAGAGAAAGCGAAAGGCAACAGCAGCUGCCACUACCUCGAACAAGCGGGUCAAGACUACAGAAGAACAUAAAGCACAUAAUGCAGAAAUGGAGAGAGAUACAUCUGAGGAUGUUGCUGCUGGCAAACAAGGACCUCAGAGGCGGAAGCAUAUCCAGAAAAGCCCGAAUAUGAAUGCACCCGUCCCAGUUGCCCCGGUUGCUCCAGCCACUAUGAGUUGGGGUCGGCUUAAACUGACAUACACACCUCCAAACGCUCAGCCACAGCUUCGACUAAAACUCAGGAUCAAAACCUCAUCCAGUAAUCCGAAGGAAGAUGAAACAGCUGGCAAUUCUGGACAGGGAGGCAAGGUGGCUCGGCUGGAAUGGGAGGAAGUUCUUCGCAUUCGAGAAAUAGAGGAGGCAAGGAGAGUUCUCGAGGAUAUGAAAGCAGGGAUUAGAGCUGAACAGGCUCAACGGUAUGAGAUGAGAAUUCAAGGGGCUCAACAAGAUGAGAUAAGAGCUCAAAAGGCUCAAGAAUCACGAGAAAGGGCUCGCGAGGUUCAACAAGCAAGGAAAAAGGCUUUCCUCGCUCGACGAGCAGAAGAGAAGAGGAGAGCUCAAGAGGCUGUACAAACAGAGAAGAGAGCUCGCGAGGCUCGAGAAUUAGAGAAGAGAGCCCAUGAGGCUCAAGAACUAGAGAAGAGAGCUUACAAGGCUUUUUAA